AUGGUAACUUCUGCAUUUGAUGGAACAGUUUAUGCUUGGAAUUUAAAAGAACAAACAGAAAAUAACAUGUUGUUUGAAAAAGUGUUUUUAAUGAAUGGCCUUAUGAGAAUGAAACUCACCCCUGAUGGGACUAAAAUGAUUAUCUCUACUACGUCAGGAUUUAUGGUAAUUAUCCAUAAUCUUAACCUUUUAUCGUUAGCUACUGAUUUACAACGGUUCAGACCCAACUUGUAUAGACUUAUGCAAACUAGUGAGCAAUGCUUUCCAAUUGCUACCACAUUCAAUCACCUAUUUAGCCAAUCCAAAACCAGAAAUAGGAUUGAAUUUAUUGACGAUUUUCCUAACAAUGCUGAUGUUAUUAGUUCAUUACAAAUUCAUCCCCAUGGAUGGUCAGCUGUGUCUAGAAACUUGAACGAUGAAGAGAAUGAAGAAUGGACUGCAGUGCAUGACAUCCAAACUCGAGAUCCAAAAGAAUAUGAAGAUGCUUUUAUGUAUGGUGAGGAGGAAGAUGAGGAUGAAGAAGUUGAUGCUAUUAAUGAACUCGAAGGAACACCUGAAGGACGGCCCAUUCAAACUGUAGCAGAUUUGUGGAUGAAUUUGAUUACUGUUGAAGAGCUUCCUGGCAAUGAUGCAAACACUUCAUUGAGUGUUGUAAACAGUGGCCUAAUUGGGCCAAAUCCUUCUUUCAAGUCCUAUUUUAAGCGCCAUCCCAACGAAAAAAAUAAAAUAAUCAAAAACAUACCAAGAAUGACGCAUUAUGCCAAAGAGAGAAAUGUUGGCAAGGGUUUUAUAAAAGGGCUAACAUUUUCAUCAGAUGGAAGAGUAAUUUGCUCGCCAUAUGAUAAAGGUUUCAGACUGCUGGGUUUUAGUGAGACUUGUCAAGAAAUUUCUGAUUGUGUUCCAGCAAAACCUCAGCAAUUGCUAACGAUACUAGAAAUGAAUGAUUAUCAUAGGGACAUUGUGGUGUCUAGUAAAUUUAGUCCUACUCAUUUUCAGUUAGUAACUGGAUGCUUAGGCAGUGAAAUUAAAUGGUACCAGCCUAAACUUUGA